UACAAUAAUUUACGUCUGCUUAGCUACCAGCUGUAGCAGAGUUUUCAAGUGGUGAAACUAUGGGACAUAGCGGGGACCGUUUAGCGGCAGCAUUUGGUGUGACACGCAAGGAACAAGACGAUUAUGCGUUGCGUUCUCAUACUCUAGCCGCACGAGCGCAGCAACGAGGAUUGCUAUCGGACGUAGCGCCUUAUAAAGUUCCAAACGUUGAAAAUGUUGUCGAUAAAGACAACGGUAUUCGUGUAUCUACAGAAGAACAAUUGGCAAAGUUGAAACCUGCGUUUGUUAAGCCUUAUGGAACGGUCACUGCGGCCAACGCUUCUUUCUUGACCGACGGUGCAUCGGCAGCGUUAAUAAUGAGCGAGGAGAGAGCUCUCAAACUUGGUUUGAAACCCAAGGCAUACCUGCGUAAUUUCACGUAUGUGUCUCAAGAUCCAGUUGAUCAACUGCUUCUGGGACCGUCAUACGCAAUACCGAAGAUUCUCGAUAAAGCAAAAUUAACCUUGAAAGAUAUAGGAGUAUGGGAGAUACACGAAGCGUUUGCCGGACAGAUCUGCGCUAAUUUGAAAGCAAUGGAUUCUGAUUUGUUCGCGCAGAAGUAUUUAAAGAGAAGUUCAAAGGUCGGAAUACCAGAUCUGAACAAGUGGAAUGCUUGGGGAGGAUCCUUGUCGAUUGGGCAUCCAUUUGCUGCCACUGGAGUACGAUUGGCGACGCACACUGCUAAUCGACUUAUUAAAGAGGACCAACAAUUUGGACUUAUUGCGGCCUGUGCUGCUGGUGGCCAAGGAGUUGGAAUGAUCAUGGAAAGAUAUCCUGGCGCAAUAUAAUCCCGUUUUUUCGAGGAGUACAUGCAUCUGAUAUCUCCAAAUGAAACGGACUGUUAUUUAACAGAAAUAAUAUACAAAGUAAUAUUUUUCUACUUAUGAGAAACAUUUGGAAUUGUGAUUUUUUUAAAGAAACCAACUUUUCUAUUAGAUUGUUUAUGUACAGUUACCAUUAAAUUGUAUAAAAUCUC